AUGCAUGAGCGCACGCCCCCCUCAACCCCCCAAGACACAGAGGCCGACACAACCGUCGAAGAAACCACCGAGCCCGUCCUCCAACUCGCCCGCACAUUCUCUCUAACCCGUACAUUCUCAGCCCUCUCAACCAACAUCAACCCGUUCCUCGCCCAAGACUCCCGCCUUGACCCCAAAUCCCCAGACUUCCAACCAGAAUCAUGGGUCAAGGCCUUGCUUCACGCCUUUUCCAAAGACCCGAGUAAGCAUCCGCGGUAUACAGCUGGUGUAUCCUGGCGCAAUCUUAGUGUGCAUGGAUUCAGAGAUCCGACUGAGUUUCAGAAAGAUGUCUUCAAUGUUAUUUGGAGAAGUCCCCUUGCUGCGCUUGAUUGGUUUGCGAAGAGGAAGCAGAAGGUCAAGAUUAUCUCUGAUUUUGAUGGGCUUGUUAAGAGUGGAGAGUUGCUUCUUGUGUUGGGUCGUCCGGGCAGUGGUGUCUCUACGCUUCUCAAGACAAUCGCUGGACAUACUCACGGAUUACAUCUCGAUGACUCAUCCGAGUUCAACUACCAAGGUAUCCCCUGGGAUCUAAUGCACCGCAACUUCAGAGGAGAAGUAAUCUAUCAAGCCGAAACAGACAUUCACUUCCCGCAAUUAACCGUCGGCGAUACCCUCCUCUUCGCCGCCCUCGCCCGCACGCCCCAACAUAUCGUCGCCAACAUAUCCCGUCACGUCUACGCUGAACACAUGAGAGAUGCUGUGAUGGCCAUGUUUGGUAUCUCCAACACGCUUAAUACCAAAGUAGGAGAUGACUUUGUUAGAGGUGUUAGUGGCGGUGAGAGAAAGAGGGUUAGUAUUGCAGAGGCGAUUCUGAACCAGAGCGCUAUUCAAUGCUGGGAUAAUAGCACGAGGGGGUUGGAUAGUGCGACAGCGUUGGAGUUUGUGAGGAAAUUGAGGCUUGGAACGAAGCUUGGUGGUGCGAGUGCGGUUGUUGCGAUGUAUCAGGCUAGCCAGGCAGCGUAUGAUGAAUUCGAUAAGGUUCUACUCCUCUACGAAGGCCGCCAGAUCUUCUUCGGCCCAGGGAGCGAAGCAACAAGAUACUUUACCACGAUGGGCUUCGAAUGCCCUCCACGCCAAACAACCGCCGACUUCUUAACCUCCCUUACAAACCCCGAUGAACGGAUCGUGAGACCUGGCUUUGAGAAUAAAGUUCCUCGCAGUCCCGAUGAGUUCGCCGAUGAGUGGAGAAUGAGUCAGCGCAGGGCUUCGCUUCUCGGUGAUGUCGCUGCAUUUGAGAUCCAGUAUCCUCUUGACGGUAAACAAGUUGAGAUGCUGAAGGGUAUCAGAAGGACUCAGAAGGCUAAAUUUACAUCUGACAAAAGCCCUUUUACCAUCUCGAUUCCGAUGCAGAUCCAGUUGUGUAUUGGUCGAGGUGUCAAGAGACUUCUCGGUGAUAAGACCUUCUUCGUUGUUACUAUUGCAGUCAAUUUUGUCAUGUCACUUGUUCUUGGCAGUGUUUACUUCAACCUACCUAGCACGGCUGAGGUUAUGAACCAACGAGCAUCGGUGAUCUUCUUCGCUAUCUUGUUCAAUGGCCUUAGCAGUGCUCUGGAAAUCCUGGCUCUCUAUGUUCAACGGCCGAUUGUCGAGAAACACGCAAGAUACGCUUUAUACCGCCCUCUUUCCGAGUCUGUCUCUUCCAUCAUCUGCGACUUACCAUCCAAGAUCAUCUCGACACUCGCUUUUAACAUCCCGCUCUACUUCAUGGUGCACCUCCGUCGCGAUGCCUCAGCCUUCUUCAUUUUUCUCCUCUUUGGCUUCACCACUACCAUGACAAUGUCAAUGAUCCUUCGCACCAUCGCCCAGUCGUCCAAGACAGUCCAUCAAGCCCUCGUCCCCGCUGCCAUCUUUAUCAUCGGCUUGGUCAUCUACGCUGGAUUCGUCCUCCCGAUUCGCAGUAUGAAGGGUUGGCUUAGAUGGAUUAACUACGUCAACCCAAUCGCUUACGCUUACGAAUCUCUGGUAGCGAAUGAGUUCUCGGGUAGGUCUUUUGGAUGCCAGACAAUGAUACCUUCUGGUCCGGGGUACGAAAACAUCGACUCGAUGCAACAGACUUGCUCCGUUGCGGGUGCCCUGCCAGGUCGUGAUUAUAUCGACGGUGACUUCUUUAUUGGGACUGUUUACAAAUACCAGUACUCGCAUCUUUGGAGGAACUACGGAAUCCUAAUCGCUUUCAUCAUCUUCUUUACCUUCACCUAUCUCCUUGCGGCGGAGUACUUCUCAUCAGAAGCUUCGAAAGGUGAGAUCCUGGUAUUCCGCAAGGGUCAGAAGCCUCAACGCAAAGAGGCAUCAGAUGAAGAAGCUGUCAGUUCAGAUUUCCAGCCUCCAAGAGCGACGAGCGACGACACGGUCCACCCACCGACUGAAAAACCAUCAAGUUCUUCUACCUUUUGCUGGAGGAAUGUCUGCUAUGAUGUAAAGGUCAAAGGAGAGACGCGCCGGAUUCUCUCGGACGUUAAUGGUUGGGUCCAGCCAGGAAAGCUGACUGCUUUAAUGGGUGCCACCGGAGCCGGCAAGACCACGCUCCUCGAUGUGUUAGCUGAUCGGGUCACCAUGGGAGUCAUCACGGGAGAUAUCCUUGUGAAUGGACUACCGCGCGGCAAGUCAUUCCAGAGGACCACGGGAUACGUCCAGCAGCAGGACAUUCACCUCGAGACAUCUACCGUUCGGGAGGCCCUCCGUUUCAGUGCAGUUCUCAGACGGCCGACUGCUAUUUCAAUGCACGACAAGAUUGACUAUGUUGAAAAGGUGAUCAACUUAUUGGAGAUGGGUCCUUAUGCAGAUGCUGUCAUAGGUGUGCCGGGUAAAGGUCUCAACGUAGAGCAAAGGAAGAGACUUUCCAUUGGUGUCGAACUAGUCGCCAAACCCGAAGCCCUCAUCUUCCUUGACGAACCUACCUCUGGCCUCGACAGUCAAACAGCAUGGGCAAUCGUAUCCCUUCUCAAGAAGCUAGCGGACCAUGGACUAGCUAUCCUGUGCACCAUUCACCAACCGUCCGGCAUCAUCUUUCAGCAAUUUGACCGACUCUUACUACUGGCAAAAGGUGGCAGGACUGUGUACUUUGGCGACAUUGGUGACAAUGCCGCUGGUCUGACAGGAUACUUUGAGAAGCGUGGUGCUGUACCUUGCCGAUCAGAGGAGAAUCCUGCUGAGUGGAUGCUGCACGUUAUAGGUGCUGCACCGGGUGCUCAUACGGAUCGAGACUGGGCCGAGACGUGGAAGUCGAGUUCUGAGUUCCACGGUGUGCAGAAGGACCUUGACAACCUGACUCAUUCGACACAUGUUUCUAGCGAAGCAGACACAGAGGAUACCUCUUACGCUGCAUCUGUCUCACGGCAGUUCUUGGCUUGCACUCAGCGUGUUGCCCAGCAAUACUGGCGGACGCCGACCUACAUCUACUCGAAACUAUCUCUUUGCUUCAUCACGAGUCUCUUCAUCGGCCUCUCUUUCCAGAACUCCCCGCUGUCUCUUCAAGGUCUCCAGAACCAACUGUUCUCGAUCUUCAUGCUUCUCGUAAUCUUCGCAUUCCUAACCUACCAAACCAUGCCCGGCUUCGUCACCCAACGCACGCUGUACGAAGGCCGUGAAAGGUCGUCCAAAACUUAUGCUUGGUAUAACCUUAUCCUCGCCAACACAGUCAUCGAAAUGGCUUGGAACUCUGUGGCAUCUUUGGCAGUCUACCUCCCGUUCUACUUUCUCGUUGGUAUGUAUGACAAUGGCCGCAUUACGGAUACGCAGCAUGAGCGAGGGGCGUUCAUGUUUGUGUUGACGUGGGCUUUUAUGGUGUAUGAGGGGACUUUCUCGCAUAUGUCUGUCGCUGGGGCACCAACUGCUGAGGUUGGAGCGACGCUUGGUUUGUUCCUGUUCAUGAUGUCCCUUGUGUUCUGCGGUGUUCUCGUCCCGUAUUCUGGCCUCCCUGGAUUCUGGACCUUCAUGUACCGUGUCUCCCCCUUGACAUACCUGAUUGGUGCCAUGAUCUCGAAUGGUGUCGGUAAGCAAGAAGUCACCUGCUCAGAAAUCGAGUUUCUACAGUUCCAGACUCCAGCGAACCUCACUUGUGGUGAGUAUGUCGGACAGCUCGUCCAGGCGGUAGGCGGUGCGCUAUCGAACCCGGGAUCAAACCAGACUUGCCUUUACUGUCCGAUUGCGUCAACUGAUAUAUACCUUGGAACUCUAAGUAUUCGUUACAGUGAGAGAUGGAGAAACUUUGGUCUGCUAUGGGCUUUCAUCCUGUUUGAUAUCGUUGCAGCGUUAGUAGCAUAUUGGGUAAUCAGGGUUCCCAAGAAGGGAAAUGGAUUGUUGUUUUGGCAGAAGUAG